AUGCGAAAUAGUGCCAUUUUUGCCAUUGCAGUACUUACUUUUUCCAUGAACUGCUUCCACUUGGUAUCUGCUACAAAGAAACAAACUUAUUCCCAGAGAACUACUUUGAGAGAAAUCAAGAGACAAAGUAGUGGAAACCCAGGCUCUGAACUAAACGGCAGUGGCGGUAUGAGCUCUGCUAGUGGAUCCAGCGAGAGUGCUACUAUGCAGACAGGUCCUGGUCCCAAAUAA